CAGUCGCACAGUGUACAUUGGACCCCGCCAAGAUGGUGCUGAAUACAGACGUGCCCAAUGAUUUGACACUUCAGGAGAAAGAGGAACUGGAGAACAUCCAGCGUAGGAAGCAGAAAUUGCUGGAAGAUAUACAGAGGCUUAAGGAGGAAAUAGCAGAAGUUACAAAUGAAAUUGAAAAUUUGGGAACCAUGGAAGAAAGGAAAAAUAUGCAAAAGAAUAAGCAAAUUGCAAUGGGAAGAAAAAAGUUCAACAUGGAUCCUAAAAAGGGUAUCAAGUUCUUGAUUGAGAAUGAGCUCCUGACAAAUACGUGUGAGAGCAUUGCUCAGUUUUUGUACAAAGGAGAAGGAUUAAACAAAACUGCUAUUGGAGACUAUUUGGGGGAAAGAGAUGACUUCAACAUCCAAAUACUUCAUGCCUUUGUGGAGCUUCACGAGUUCACAGACCUUAAUUUGGUGCAGGCACUUCGUCAGUUUCUGUGGAGUUUCCGCUUACCAGGAGAAGCCCAGAAGAUCGAUCGUAUGAUGGAGGCAUUUGCUCAGCGUUACUGUCAGUGUAACCCAGGAGUCUUUCAGUCUACAGACACAUGUUACGUGUUGUCUUUUGCCAUCAUCAUGUUAAAUACCAGCCUGCACAAUCCCAAUGUCAAGGAUAAACCAAAUGUUGAUCGCUUUUUUGCUAUGAACCGUGGCAUAAAUGAUGGAGGCGAUCUACCUGAGGAUUUAUUAAAGAAUUUGUAUGACAGUAUAAAGAAUGAGCCAUUUAAAAUUCCAGAAGAUGAUGGAAAUGACCUAACGCAUACGUUCUUCAACCCAGAUCGUGAGGGCUGGCUACUGAAAUUGGGAGGUGGUCGGGUUAAGACUUGGAAAAGGCGUUGGUUUAUUUUGACAGACAACUGUCUGUACUAUUUUGAGUAUACAACGGACAAGGAGCCUCGGGGGAUUAUACCUUUAGAAAACCUGAGCAUCAGGGAGGUUGAAGAUUCAAAGAAGCCUAACUGUUUUGAGCUGUUUAUACCAGAUAACAAAGACCAGGUUAUCAAGGCGUGCAAGACUGAGGCUGAUGGAAGAGUCGUAGAAGGAAAUCACACAGUGUAUCGGAUCUCCGCACCGACACCUGAAGAGAAGGAGGAGUGGAUGAAAAGUAUAAAAGCUGCAAUAAGCAGGGACCCAUUUUAUGAAAUGCUGGCUGCCCGAAAGAAGAAAGUUUCCUCUACUAGGAGACACUGAAUAAUCUUUUGUAAAGCAGAAAAUCUACGGUACACCAUGCAAAGAGGUUUUUAUGUAUUUCCUGACUGCCUUGACCUGGAAUAGCACCAUUAUGUGCCUUUUUUAUUACCUAUUUAUUAAUGCCAAGUGUUUUCAUGUUCUAUGUAAUGCUGGUACUGUUUCAGUAUGUGUAUAUAGUACGAUAAUUUAUCAACACAGAAGAGGUUUUACUUGGUUCAGUGCAAUACCCUUCUCUUUAUGAAAUAAACUGCACGCUACAAGAAUCCUAUACCAUAAUGCAGUGUUCCCCAACCAGGGUGCCUCCUGCUAUUGUAAAACUACAACUCCCAUCAUGCCCGGACAGCCUUGGUCAGUCCACGAGUGAAGCAGAAACGAUCCAAAAGAAUCCCUCUCUAAAUGGAAUCACACAGAAGAUAUAAAGCAAAAUUAUUCUUUAUUUACCAAUGACGGGUUUCGGGUAUUCACCCUUCCUCAGAUGCCAAUCUGAGGAAGGGUGAAUCCCCAAAAUGCGUCAUUGAUAAGUAAAGAACAAUUUAGCUUUAUAUCAUCUUCUGUGUGAUUCCAUUUGGAGAAGUUGUGCCUAGAGAGGGAUUCUUUUGUAUCGAAUGUGCAGAAACUGACAAGACUCCGCCUACUCUACAACAAAGAGAGAAAAAGAAUACACAAUGCCGCGCACACCCAAUAGUAAAUAUAUCAAAAGUUUAUUACAAAUUCCCCAAAAAUUACACAGCUUACAAAACACCUAAAAUGCACAAAGGCCACUGCAGAAACGGGGGGGGCGCACCUGCUUGUCCCAGCAUAAAUAUGCACCAGUCACAAUAGCCUAUUUUAUAGAUAAUACGAUGUAAUGCAAUCCUUACUCAAAGCAGUAGUACAUAUACAACCUGUAUCUGGAUUCUAGAAUAUACCAUUAUGAAACAAGGCUACGGACGACAGAUGGAGGAGUAUCCCAGGCAGGUGCCCCCCUAGACCCCACGCGUUACGUUGGCAACUUCCUCAGGGGUAUUGUGACUCCGCCUACUAGCGGCCCUGGAUAGUUGGGUGGUGCGUUGUCUAUGCAGUACUUUGCUCUGGUCCUGGAUGCUCUUGGUAUUGCUUCAGUGCCCACUGAGCCCAGCAUCUCAUGACAGGUGCACUUCUUUUUUUAAUCUUAUAGUUUCAUGGUCCUGUGUUUAACACUUCAAAGUGCAAACUGGCCUUUUGUUUCUACUUUACCUCUGAAGGCACUGAGGACAGAGGUUAUAAGUUAUGUUAUGAUAUAUAUGUAACUUUAGUCAUAAUUUAUAGCUAAAACUUAACUGCUGCUUUUCUCUCUGUAAUAAAUACAUUAAAUAAAUAAAAUAAAUGAUAA